AUGCAGGGCACCACAAAGCUGUACCUUGCUUAUAAGCCCUUAUUCUAUGAGGCGGAUAGCCGUACACAGCUUGUCCUUGAGGCCGAGACUCCAGCAGUCAAACUUCCAGAUAUUUUUGCAGCGGGGACCUUCAAAGCGGAUAUCAACUUUAGUGGUGGAACGAAUCUUCUCAAGAAUGUCCAAGCCACCAAAGCCCGCAUUUUGAAGCGGCGUGAUCUCCGCGCCAGGUUCCGCGACUCCAGUUACCCCCAGAACUACAUGCCAUUUUACGUUUAUGGUACACCCGAGGAAACCCAUAUCGACCAUAUGCUCCUCUGUGCGCCCAAUAUCCAACUCUCGGCUGAUAAGGUCACCUUUGAUCCCCCGCUCCCUGGUUUGAAGGAAGAACUUGAAAAAGGCGCGAUCUUAUAUGUGAAUGAAGUAUCUGAGGUCUCCAUGCAACCAUUUGUUAUGCUUCCGAGUGCUACUGGGUUGAGUGAGUCCAACUUCUUCUUCCGCCAGGGGGCAAGCUUCAAUGUGACUAUCUACAAAGACACGCAUGAGGCCGAAUCUAUGGGUCCGGGACUAUCAGCAGUCAAUACCGAUUUAGAGUUAAUUUCGGCAAAAAUGACCCUCACUAACAAUGUCUAUGUCGACAAGGAUUGGGUUAACUCUGACCCUCUUGCAAUCAAAGAGGUGAAUGAGGGCCUCGAGGCGUGGAAGGCCAAGAUUGAUAAAGAGCUCCCGUGA